CGAGGUGGGGUCCGCAGUGUGCGGUCGUCGUUCGAGCAGGGUAGAUUAUGUAUCAGAGUCCGUUCGUCGCGUUCGCGAAUCGAGGGCUUGUGCCUUUUCACGAGAGGAGCUUGCCGUGUCAAUUAUAAUAUACGCGCGAACGAACGAGCGUGAAAUCGCGAGAAAAUCGUGAGAGCCUUAUUCCGAUUGAGACGAACGAUCGACGACGACGAUUCCGGUGUGGACUAGCACGAUUGUCGCGAUGCUACCGCCGAGGUAGUCCGCGAAUCGAGGGGGAUCCAUCGCACGCGAUGACGAUCUCGGCCCGUCGCGCGUUCCCGUUGCCGUCUUAAAAGAGGAACGAGGCGUGGGAACGACCGAGAGCUUUCGAAAGACUGACUCUCUCAUUGCGGUGCAGGACGAGGGCGCAGAGGCGGAAGAGAGACGAUAGUGGCGCGGGCGACUACGAGAGAUGGGCAAGAAGGGUUCCAAGCGGAAGACCCGAUGGAGAACUCUGAGCAUCGGUGCUCCACCCGGUGAGGAGGAUGAGGAAGAUGGCUUACGAAAAGACUAUGUGAAAAAUCAGGAGAAGGAUACGAACGCGCACACCUUUGAUCGGAAUGGACAGCCGAGCGGUUACAAACCACGCCGGGCCGGUACCAGCACCAGCGGUGGCAGUACGAGCGGCUAUGCCAGCAGCGGCUCGAGAUCGCACAGAGAUGAAAAUGCGGGCUCGCCGUUACAACCCAAGAUCAUCUUCAACGAGGAGGAAUACACGAGAAUCACAACGCCACGGCAGGAUGUUCUCUUCAAGAAGGGCUACCUCUCGCGCAAGAAACCCUGGACUGGAAAUGCGAGCACUAGCGCUACGCCAUCGACUACGGAGAGUCAAUCGGCGUCACAUUCCACCGCAGACGGCAGCGAAACCACAGAAGACCAGCAGUUAUUAGAUAGAGACAAUGGAACGGGAGAAUAUCCGCCCAUGGUAGAGCCAGGAGCGCAACUAGGAUAUGGAACAUUUUACGAUCACGCGAGCGGUUAUUAUUAUGAAUACCCUGUGAUGUUGGUAGGGCCUGCACCAGUACCUGCUCAAGUUGGACCAAGUGUUCUAGCGACUGUACCAUGUGGCCCGGUUCCUCUAAGGCCAAUCGAAUGGAUUAAUCCUGCCUUUGUGCCUAAACUUGCCAAUCAGCCAUAUUGCUUAAUGGACUAUCAGACUAAUCAAAGUACAGAACCGGCCACGAUAGUGGAAGAGCAUAACGGCAUGGCAGUAACAGCGGAAACUUCCAACAAUAUGUGGAAUGAGAAUGGCACUGGUAGCGCCAGCUGCAGCGGCAGCAUAGCCGAAGAAACUGAGGAACAAGCUGAAGAGAUAGACAGGUCGACCAUAGAGCAAUACACUGUAAAAGAGCCACUCGCAGAGGAACAACCUCUAGAGCAGUUGCAUCUUGAGGAACAGCCACAUUUGGAGAACGGUGUAACGACGAUCGAUCCUUAUCUAGAUCCAUUAUUGAUGCAAGAGCCGAUGCACGUGUCACACGUAAUGCCAGCUGUACCACAGCCGUAUAUGUAUCCUGGUCACUACAUGUUCGGGCCGCCGUUGGUCAACGUUAAUGGUGUUACUAUCCAGGGCGGGCCAUUAGUGAGAACCAUGGACGUAACGGCUAUGACAAUGGCGUACGCCAAACGGAAAAAAAAGAGAAAGAAAAGAAAGCAGAAAAGACCUACUUUGGGUAACACCGAAGAUGAAGAGGAAGGGGAGUAUAGUUCCGAAUGUGAUAAUGAUGUAUCGUCUUCCCGAUUACCUUGGUCAGAAUGUCCAACAUCGACUGCGAAUAUAAAUGCAACAACGCAAGUUGCGCAGAAUUGGCCACUUAAUCCUGAGUGUCAGGAGUUUCAGUUACGGCCGACUAUGCAAACUCGAAUCCUCUCUAGUCCUGUUUUGACAUCCGUCGUCACCACUGUGGCCGAAGAAGUUACAUCAUCUGCUAAUGAUGUAUCGGAUGUAUCAUCCUACAUUGAAACUGAACCUUCCAGCCGCCAGACUGAAAAGACGUGUGAUUCCAUUGUUCAAAGUCCAACGAACAAGGAAAACGCAAUCUGCGACACACAGUACAUUUUUACGGAAACGCCAGUAGAAAAUGAUCAGUCGGCAAUGGUUGAGCACAAGCCAAAGAAUAAAAACGCAGAAACGAAUAAUCAAGAGAAUCAUCUAGUCGAAGAUAUGACAAAGGAUAUCGCGGAGAAGAGUAGCAAUGCUUUGACUGAUCACGAAGUACUAAUCAAAACUAUCGAGAAUAAUGAUUCGACCAGUGCCAAUGCGAAGCAUGAGCUAUUUGAAAGUAAUAGUAAUGACGUUAAUGUAACGGAUAUGUUGAAUAACCAUAUCGGAUAUCCUGGAGAAAGUUUAACCAAUGGCGAGAGAUACUCCGAACAUUUUACUGAUUUAACAGAGAAAAAGUCAAAAUUGGUAAGUUCUCAGGAUAAUGCCUCCAAUUCAACUACAAUGGAAAUCAAUGAGAAGCAAGAGGAGGAACAGGUUCAACAAUUACAACAUAAUAACAAUUCGUCAAUUGUGCGAACAACGUCAUUCGUAUUGCCCAAAAAGUACAGCAAGAAAGGUUCGAAAUUCGUGAGAGAACCUACUCCGGGGCCGGAUUUAGACGUGGAGAAUGGAAAGCUCAUACAGCAAUUCGAAGCCGUCGAAUUGUUAGACGAUUCAUGCGCGAUCGCGAAUAACAAACUGGAUGAGACCGAUCAGAAAGCGACAAAUGAUAAGAUCGCGUUAGAGAUACGCGAUAAUAAAAAUAAUAAGACUAAAAUGAGUCAGGACACAAUAGAAGUGUUGAACGAGGAUUCCGGAUUCGAGAGUCAGACUCGACUAUCGGAAUAUCCUAUCACAGCCGCCGUGAAGGAAUGGCUGCGUCGGGCGAACUCGCCCGAUCUUUUCGUGACAUCGGCAUCGACCUCGGAAAGUGAGACGGAUGAGGACGAUGAUGAAGAAAUGGAUGCUAAGCCGCCAAAAAACUUGCAAGGCAACCCCAUGCCUGCACUAUCUGCUAAUAGCGGCGUCGACAACGUUACGUUGUCACGCAUGGCUAGCUGCGGCGAAUUCGCAAAAACCAACAAUAACAUCAAGAACAAUGAGGUGGAGGAUGAUUCGACGUUAAUAUCAAUCGGCAGGAGAAAAAGAGACGCGAAAAGUACAAAAAGAAAGGGAAAAUCGAAAAGAAUUGAUAAGCGGAACAGGAAUGUUGAUGAGAAGGCGCAAAACCAAUUGGUUUCCUCAUUGAUUUCCUGUAAUCGACUGGAGGAUUUCAUCACUGCCGUGAGAUUGAAAAACACGCCGAAGAACAAUGUUGGUGACGUUUGCGAAUUUACUCAGGAGGAUAGCGUUGCGGGUAUGAGGGUUGCUUUAAGUUCUCGGAUAAACUCGAAAAGAGUUAAUGCAAGACGAAUAAAGACAUUGAGAAAAGUCAAUAGAAAUCACGUUGAAAAUAUCGAUAUCAAGAUGCGACGUAUAGACAUUUCAAAUGAUGAAAAAGAAAAGAAAUCGAAUGAAUAUGGUAUGAAUAUGGUGAGCGUACGGACGUUCGAGAAAGGGGAAAUUAUCGUCUCGAAAGAUGGCAAAUUAUUACCGAUAUCCUUGUAUGAAGCUGUUCCAUCUCUUAACGAUCAAGAUAAUUCAAGCGCGAUGAAGAGAGCUGCUCAUGUCGAUGUGAUUAAUGAAAAUGUGGAAAUACAUGAAGAGACUAGGAAUAGCAGCGAGAAUGACGAAAACAACAGUAUAAUGAUAGCGUCCUCUGUAAGCAUAGAGGAGCCUGAUGUAUUAGAGUGCUGGGAAGCAGAAACCAUAGAACCUGUGAUAACCCCAAGAAGAAUGUUGCAAAGUCCGGGAGUCCUGUGCGAGGGUGAAGCUGCGGAAGAGGAUAACUUCGAAAUCGAAAGAGCUAUGAUGGAACAUGUGCAGAAAUAUUAUAAGCUGGAACAGAACAGCGCUAUCAGUGUAGAGGAGGAAUCUAGUGAAGAAUUCAGUACGUCAGUAAUCUCAUCGAAAUUGAAAACUGUGCCAAAUAAUUCUGAGAAAAUGAUUGAGCAUUUCUGCAGCGAAGAGAUUCCGAUCUUUGUACCGAACAGAAAUCAUGCUGUUGUUUUGGAAGACGAAAAGAUACCUAUCGAUGAGGCAUUUGAAGUAUAUGAGAGCUGUUACACCGGAAAAUCACCAUUCUUAGCGUUCGAUUCGAAAAUGUUCAAGCAACGAUCUCUGUAUGGUCAAAAUGGUGAAGGUCCGAUACCAUGCAGAGCAGUAUGUUGCAACAUACAAUAAUAUUAAAAAAUUUCAGAUAUACCCCAUGUCACAAACUUUCCUCCAAAUGAGGAAAUAUAUUAUUAUAACAUAGAAUGUAAGAGAAAGGGAAUUGUAAUACAGGAUAUAUUAUAAUAAUAUAUUAUUCUAAUCACGCGUCGUCAAAAAGCCGUCCUUUUCGAAAGAGGCUACAAGACGUUGCACUUUUCCCGGGUAUGUCAGGCACGUACAAGUACGUGUACAAAUACCUCCUCAUAAUUCAAAACUAAAUAAUUUUAUUGGGCGAAGAUUUCGAUAUUCAAAUCGAGAUUCUUUCGAAAAUCCAGUGACACGCUCAAGGAGGACUAAAUGUUAUUUCGAAAGCAUUGCAGAUCCAUUUUUGUAAAUAGUUUUAAGAGUUUGCUUUGUAAUCUUAUUCGUAUUCUUUGUGAAAAAUCUUUAAAAUUUUAUGUGUGUGGGAGCAUGCGUUGUAGUAUCAUUCUACGAUAGCAUUUUACUAUUGUCAUUGAGAACAUUGCCAUUUGUCAUUGUUUAACACAGAUGUCAUAAGCAUCGAUUGUAAUAAACACAGAUUCGCAAUGUUAGCUUUUAUCUGGACCGAGCUUAUCAAGAGGCAAUACGUUGUUUUUCGCGAAUAUAAAAGACGUUUAUUUUAAAAUGAAAUAAAAAAGAGAAGAACAUACGUAUGAAGAAAUAUUUGUCAAGGCAUAAGACGCCAAGCUGUUAUUUUUAUUCUUACUACAAUAUCUCGUAACAAUCUGCCUCUGAAAAUGACUAAAACAUUAUUUUUUACAAUCUAUAUAAAAGACAUGAAUGUUAAAAGACUAAGAGUUAUUGUUGCACAUGAUCACGUUGGCCUUUUGCUUAGGGAAGUUUUGACUGCUCACAAUUUUCAACUUGGCAUCAUCAGAGUAUCCUGUGCAUAUUCAUCUGUAAGGUUUUAAGACUUUUUUUCUAGUCGAGAAGGGAAAUAUAUAUAUUGUAUACGGAAAAAAUCGGCAGAGAGUAGAUAGUUGAAUAAUACAUGCUUUUAAAAUAGCGUAAAAUAUGUAAUAACCAUACAGGAUGCAAUAUCACAUUCUCAUAAAAGAUACUAGUUGAAAACGGGCAGCGGUAAAACAGUGAGCUACUUGUAGAUGUACCUUAGCCUGUUAUUGAAAAGUAUAACGAAAUGUAUAUAGAAAAAGCUUACAAAGGUUAAAGAAUAAUAAUCUACACAGGAGAUCUACACUGGUAAAUGUCUAGAAUAAAGAUUACUAUACAUAUUUUUUGAAAACGCUGCUAUCAUAUGAAAUUUAUAUCAUAAAAUUCAUAAAGUUUUUCUUCUCAUCACCAAUUUUAAAGACAUAUAAUUUUUAAAAAUGACAAUUUUUUAAAUUAAUAUACCUUUAUAUCUGGACAUUUUUUUUGCACAAAUUUACAUUUUGUUUCUUAAAUAUUGAAGUUUCUAAAAAGAUAAGAUGAUCUCUACUCUAAACAUUUACCAAGAAAAAUUAGAAGACGAUAAAACAAAGGUUUUUUUUUCUAUUAUAAAUGCGUUUCAGAUUGGAAUCGGAUGAACGCACCGUAAAGAGAUGCAUAUGUGUACUUAUACACAUAAUAGCUACAACACUUUAUUGGCAUAGCCCACGCUUUAGUUCAUUUGUGUCAAGAAUAGAGUGUCGAGAAUACAGUUAAAUUGCAUAUUACGUAGGUCGAUUGAUAGACAUGGUUCAUGAAAUCUCAUUGCAUACAUAUAUCCCAUAUCACAAUAUGCGUAAACAUAUACCUCAGACAAAAAUGUAAAUAAAAUAUCGAUCAAUCCAAACAAUUAGAGAAACAUGAAAAAAGAUAAUAAUACCAAUAAUAUAUUAAAAUAAUAAUGAGAUAAUAAAAUGAUAAAGUAGCAAUGCGAUAAAACAAUGCUGAUAAAGAUGAUAACGAAAAAAAAGGCGAUAACGAAAUCUAUUAUCACAUAGCAGCGGCAUACAUAUAGACACCAUUGUUCCUGUGCAAAGUUCUAGUUUCCUUAAGCAUGAUACGUAUAAAUCAUUUCCAAGAUGAUCCGUAUAGCUCUACAAACGUUCAUUCACACCAAAAUACAUUAAAGAUAAGUACGAAUAUAUAUCGUUAUAUUGAAAUGCGCGUUGCAUCAAUUGUGUGCCUUAUUCUGUGGCGGCCGUUUUUGUAACUAUUUCAAAGCACUCUCCUUGAUAAUAGUCAGUAGCGAGAUCGUGAUGCAGUUAAGACUUGUUAAAAAAAUUGAUGAGAGAAAGAAAGAGAAAAGCGCGUGGACGAGGCUCGUUCGCGAUAAUGAUCUUUAUCAGUGCAUGCGAUACCCUGAACGAGAAUUUCUUUGAUUCCUUUUCGCGAAAUGUAAUCAACUUCUAUUUAUCAGACUGAUCCAAUCAUGGUAUGCGAUAAAUUCAUGAAGGCAUUAAAGCGUUGCAUCUUACAUCGAGUCAUGUUACAAUUAUAUUUUAGUUGAAGUUAACACGUAUGGUAUAAGUGUAUGAAUUUUGUUGUGUUUUUGCUUAUAAAAAAUAUGAAUAAAAUGUUUCAAUUUUUAAAAUCAA